AUGAGUUGGAUGUUCCUCAGAGACCUUCUAAGUGGUAAAUACUCAGCUGGCAUUGGGAGGCUAUGGCUGGCUGUUGUGUUCAUCUCCCGUUUGCUGGUCUACAUAGUAGCAGUAGAGCACGUCUGGAAAGAUGAGCAGAGAGAAUUUGAGUGCAACAUUAGACAGCCUGGUUGUGAAACUGUGUGUUUUGACCACUUCUUCCUCAUAUCCCAGGUUAGACUUUGGGCCUUACAGCUAAUUAUGGUCUCCACGCCUUCUCUUCUCGUAGUUCUACAUGUAGCCUAUCGUGAGGGGAGGGAGAAAAGGCACAGAAAGAAACUCUAUGUGAGCCCAGGUACGAUGGAUGGAGGCCUUAUCAGCCUCAUUGUUAAAACUGGCUUUGAAAUUGGCUUCCUUGUUUUGUUUUAUAAGCUCUAUGAUGGAUUUCGUUUUCCUUACCUUUUGAAGUGUGCUUUGCAGCUUUGUCCUAACACUGUGGACUGUUUCAUCUCCAAACCCACGGAGAAAACCAUCUUCAUCCUCUUCUUGGUCAUCACUUCAUGCUUGCGCAUUGUGCUGAACUUCAUUGAACUGAGCUUUUUAGUUCUCAGGUGUUUUAUUAAGCGCUGCCUCAAAAGAUAUUCUAAAAACCUCAGGGCCUCAGGAUGUGAGCGUCACAACUUCAGGUGUGUUGGAAGCAAUAAGAUGGGGACCCCUGCUAUACUCCAGAAUCACCAUUCAGGCUUGACCACAGACACACCCCGACAACCUGAAGCAAAGCUACUUUGUGACACACAAGUGGGUUAA